AUGGCAGGCCUUCAACUCAACAUCGACUGGAAGUCGAAUCGACGGGCCAUCGCUUUCUGCCUGGUGGCUGCGAUUGGUGCCCUUUGCUAUGGCUAUGAUACCAUCUACUAUACGGGUGUUCAGGGUAUGACAUGGUUUGCGAAGGACUACGGAGAGGAAGGCUCAGACGGCUCCUUCUCGCUUGGAACAACGUUCCUGUCCUUGUCUGCGAGUAUCAUCUACGUGGGAGAACUUGCCGGUGCACUCGCCGCCGCUCCCAUCAAUGACUUUUUCGGCCGGCGUGCCGUGUUUCUGUCUGCCUCGCUCUGUAUCGUUGCCGGAGCCAUCGUGCAGGCCUGCUCAUUUGGCUCGCAUCCAGUCUUCUACGUCAGCCGGGUCCUGAUCGGUCUCGGUGUCGGGCAGUUCACGGCCACCUGCCUGAUCUACAUCGGAGAGGUGGCACCAUCCGCCAUCCGAGGCCCAGCGCUCAUGUCUUUUCAAUUCAUGCAGUCCAUCUCUCAACUGGUCGGAGCCUGCGUCAACCAAGGCACACAGGGCAUCCAAAGCUCCCAGUCCUACCGUAUCCCCAUGUGCCUCCUCGUCGUGCUCCCCGGUAUCAUGCUCCUCUGCCUCCCGUUCACCCCGGAAAGCCCAGUCUGGUACAUGUCCAAGGGCAAGCGCGAGCAAGCGAUCAAAUCCCUCCGCAAGAUCAACCGCAGCAUGCCGGACUACGACCCGUCCGCGGAUAUCCAAGCCAUCGAGGACGCAGUCCAAAAGGAACAGGAAAUGGCCAAGGACGCCACCUGGGCUUCCCUCUUGACCGAUCCUGUCGAGCGCCGUAAGCUGUUCUACGCCUGUGGUGUCAUGUUCGUCCAACAGAUCAACGGGAUCCAGUUUUGGUACACCUACGGCGUUGUGUUCGCACAAUCCAUCGGUGUUGCAGACCCCUUCACCAUCAACACAAUCAUUUAUGUCCUGCAGAUCAUCACUGUCGGUGUCUCCGUCGUCUUUGGGAACCGGAUCAAGCGCCGUACGAACCUCCUCGUGUGCUCAUGCGGGAUGUUUAUCUCCCUACUCACCGUCGGGGGUCUCGGGACCACCAAGGCCGCUGAUGGCACGCUCAGCCGUGGCAUUGGCAUUGGCAUCGUCGUCCUGGCGUACGUCAACAUCAUCUUCUACAACUUCUCCAUCGGAACCCUCUCCUACUCCAUCGCCUCGGAGAUGUCCGUCGGCCGAAACCGAAACAAGAUCACCUCGUGCGCUAUGGGCGUGUUCUUCAUCACCGUCUGGCUCAUGGUCUUCACCAGCCCCUACAUGUACUAUACGGCAAACCUAGGCCCGAUGAUUGGAUUUGUCUACGGAGGUACAUCGCUGUUCUUGCUGGCAUACUCGUGGUUCUGUGUUGGUGAGACCGCAGGGCGCAGCAAUGCGGAUAUUGAGAGGCUCUUCCAGGAUCGGGUUCCCGUUCGCGAGUGGGCGACGUAUGUUAUCCCUGAGGAUGAUGGAGCGGAUUUGAAGAAGAAGGGCACCGAAGAUGAGCAGAUUGAGACGGUAUGA